AUGGGGGCAGCAAGUGGUGGAACCCCGGGGGCAAGUUUUCCGUCAUGGGUGGCGCGUGGAUGGAGCUCGGCGCGUCUUGGUUGGCUUGUCGUUGGCGGAUGUCUCGCGUUGUUCUGCGUCCCGCUGGCCGAGGCGGGCUGCUGGAGAGGGAGAGCCCCAACUGCUGCCACCGGCCGGGACAACGAAUGCUUCGAGUACAGCAAGAGGAAGACGGCGUGCUACUGCGAUACCUACUGCCAGAAAACCGGGGACUGCUGCGAGGACUACCAGCGCGUGUGCCAAAUAUCUGCAGCCAUUGACUGCGUGGUGGGAUCAUGGGGCCCGUGGUCGCCAUGCACAUCCCCGUGCGGAGUUGGCAGCACGGAGAGGAGUCGCCAAGUGUCCGUCCCCCCCAGGAACGGAGGCACGCCCUGUCCGGACCUCAAACAGCGCCGGGGAUGCUUCGGGAACAACGCCAUAUGCAGCACUGCGAAAGAAGUGGCAAAGAUCCUGCCGGAUUCUUUCAAGAGGAACUUCAAGGACCCUUGGAGGCGACCACACAUGCUGAUGAAGGAGGAGAAGGCCAGCUACUGUGUGUACCUGCGGUUGAAACAGGCCAGCGCGGCCUGUAAACUCAAGCUGUGGAGUGCUCAGCUGGUGAGAGAGAGGCUGGUCUGUGCCGAGUGUCAGAGUGACGCCAUGUCGAAGUCUGACCGCUGUGGAGGCGACGGCCUGGAGAGCACCAGAACGUUCUGGGCAGCGGCGUCGGUGCCGGGCUGCCACGGCUCCUGGGUGCGAGAGUCGUCCUCCGAGGGCUGCCGGUGUCCCCCCUACUCUGUGCUCUUCGUGUGA